GAUAUGAAGCAUUUGGUUUGAUCACAUCAAAGGCUGGUAUGAAAACAGAGAUAAAUUUAAUAUUCUAUUUUUCUCAUAUGAGCAGAUGAAAAAGGAUCUCAAAAGUGCUGUGCAAACACUCUGCAACUUUCUUGGGAAAGAACUCAGUGAAGAUGAUGUGGAUGCUGUUGUGAGACAAGCUACAUUUAAGAAUAUGAAAUCUGAUUCGCGAGCAAAUUACAAUGAUAUACUCAAAAAUACAGUUGGAAUAAAAAGUGAAGGGCAUUUUCUGCGCAAAGGUACCAUUGGUGAUUGGAAAAACCAUUUCACUGUGGCGCAAAGUGAAAGAUUUGACAUGAUAUUCCAAAGGAAGAUGAAAGACAUGCCAUUGAAGUUCAUCUGGGAUAUAAAUGAGGAGUAGAAUCAGUGUGAAAGAAUCAUGUAAGAAUCUAUCAAAGGACACAUUUUAGAUAAAUUUUCAAUAGUGCUUCCCAUAAAAAAUUAGUCAUAAAAGUCGAUUAAUAAAAAUGAACUGUCACUUCAUAAAUGUGCUGCCUGUCUGAUGCAUAGUGAAACUUUCAAAAUUAAAAGCACUUGGAGCAUGCUGUGUAUUGUUAUCAUGUACAAAAAAGAGUCAUGGGAAACUUUCAACAGGAUUCGGAAGAAGUGUCUUGAAUUUUCAGUAGUAUGCGUUUUUUCCCUUGUUUGCUAUUAUGUUUCAUAUCAAUAAAGAUUAAAAUCAUUGUAUCCUUA